CUAAAGCAAGCAAAGUGCGUAUAAUGUUUCUUUUUUACAUUUGUUAUUGUUUAUCUAUUUGAGAAAGAGUGUACUUAUCAAGCUAGAACAUAAAGUUCAAUUAUAAUUUUCUUUGGAGAUAUCUACGAGCUGUGAGAGAGAACUCAAGUCUAGUCUAAGAGUAUUUUUUAUACUCAUUUUGAAGUAUAAAGCAAAAGAAGUCAAGCAGGAUCUGCAGUUUUUACUAUUGUCUACACGAGAGAUGCAGUUUCAUGAAACUUAUCUAUGUGUUGGUUAACAGUGUGUUUUUUAUUCUGAUUUUCUAAAGCGCGGUGAACGUAAACAGCCGUUAAAAGCCAUUCAUGGUGAAAUGAUGAUGUCAUCAUCCACUUCUACACAAUCUCCGUCUUCACCUUCGCCAAUCUCAAUCUCAUCCAAACAUCACCAACCAUCUGUUGUUAUAGAAAAUCGUUUAGCCUCUUGUCUGAAUAACAACAACAACAAAACAGCUUCCAACACACCCCUUCAUCAUUUAUCACAUUUUCAUCAUUUGAGUAAUGCUGCCGAUUUAUCACGUCGUCGUCAUUCCGAUGAUGUUGGCACGUUUCCUUGUCGUCCACGACGGUCAAUAUCAACAAAUGUCAACAAUAAUCAUAAUAAUAAUAUCUCACACCGCCAUCAUUAUCAAAAUCACAAUUAUUCGGCUCAAGAACAAAUAACAACUCAAUCAGUACCAACCGAUUUAAAUUAUACUCAAGAAGAAGAUGAUGAUGAUGAAUUUGAUGAAACAAAUGAUGAAUUAAAUUUGGCUGUGGUGGUAGUGGCUGAUGAUUUACAAUCGUUACGGGCAUAUUCUGAACCAACCGGAGGUAAUAUGGGCACCAGCAGUGGUGGUCAAGGUGAACAAGAUAGUGGAUCGUUGAAUGUGGCAUUCAUCGAUGAACAAGACGGUUUUGGUGAACAAAUGAUGAUGAAGGACAAUCAAGAAGAUAAAAUGGACGAAGAUCUAUUAACAAGUGAACAUAUUCAAACAAUUAGUGUUUUCAAAGAUCAGUCAGAUGUCAUGGAUGUCCAGAUGUCAAUGUCAACAUUAACAACACCACCCGAUGAUGAAACAUUAACAAAAACGUUAUGUGUUUCUACUGAUCAACAUGUAAUUGAAAUGAAACGUAUGAGUGAUGGUGGUAAUCUUCCUGACAAAUCAAUUGCAGUAGAGGACAACGACAAUAAUAACAAAGAAAAUAAAUUCAAUGAUUUAGAUGAAAUAUUAAAAAGAAGUGAAAAUCGUUGUGUGCGUUUAUCCGAUUCAGAUGAUGAAGAACAUAUUCAAUUAUGCUCAAUCCAUCGAAAAACAAGUACAACGCCAGCUAGUGAUUCAAAAUCUGCCACUCCAAAACCACCUAUUUUAUCUUCAUCAUCUUACUCCAGUUUAUCUUCGACUAUUUCGUUAGUACGUUCAGCCACAACAACAACGUCUCGUAAAGAACGCUCAUCAUCAGCCUCACUUCCUACAGAUCAUCAACAACUACAACAUCAUUAUUUAUCACUUCGUCAACCAUUACAAGAACAUUCACCAUACAACAACAAUAAUCAUUCGAACUUUUUAUCAUUACCUUUAACAACACCAACGAUCACAAAUAAAUUGAGUUCACUUGGAAUCAAUGGUCGUGAAAGUUUACUUCAAUUACAAGGUGAACUUACGGGUCGAGUCUUUCGUCAAGUAUUAGCGUUUGAAAAACGAACUGAUAACGAGAAACAACAAUCAAAAUUAAAAUCAUUCGGUGCAUUAUCUUCGUCAUCGUUUGUUCAUCGUCAUCCGACAACAGCACCAACCGUUCAAAUUACACCAACAUCAUCGUUAUUCAAUGUUCUAUCAACACCACCACCGACAACAUCCGAAUUAUUAAUGGAACGUGCAUUAAUUCAACAACAUAAAAAUUCAUCAUCGACAACAAUUAAAAUUAAACGUCAAACAACAGGUGAAACAUCAAGUACUAUUAAACGUUUACAAAGUACACCAUUAAAACGUUGGAAAAAUCUUAAACAAUUGCGUGGUGCCGGCAGUCAUUGGCAAACAACACCAAAACAUUAA